CACAACAAUCGCAAAAAUACUGCUAUUGAGAACUAGGUCAUGGGUUUGAAUGUUUCGUGCAAGUUCGGCCUAAGAAGAUGGUCUAGUACGGAUUUAAGCCGUAUCUCCGUGACGCGCCUUUCAUCUCAUCCUCAACCACGCGCCGAAGCCUUCGCCGCGUGAUCGCGUCCCUUGUAUCCCACUUACGGUCUUAUACGCAUAAGAAGACACUUGAGACUCAUUACGGCGCGGUACCAGCAUGACCAACCCGCCUGAACUGACGUCUGGAGCAGUUGUAGAGUUGAUGCGUUCUGACGGCGACUCCUCGCCAAACUUCCAGCCUCGCCUUCAGCUCCUUGGUUUUAAGCCACUGGGUGCGCAGAAUGCAGACCCGAGUGCGCCUGACCGGUAUCGCCUCAUGGUCUCGGACGGAGAGCAUCUCUGCCAGGCGAUGCUAAACACCAAACUGAACUAUCUUCUUGAGCAAAAGAUUCUAGAGAAAAACUUUGUUUUCACGCUCGUACAGUACGUGAACAACGUCGUGCAAAACAAGCGGCUGUUGAUAGUUUUGAAAAUCAACGAAACUGACGUCCACCGCUUUGGUGAACGCAUUGGAUCCCCAACUGCACUGGAUCCGAAACCAGACGCGAACAUCCUUGCCGCCGCCAGUGCUGCCACUGCUGGCUCCCGAUCGCCCGCUCCCAGCUCCAGCACCACUGCUCCAGUUGAAACCUAUGCUUCUCGCAAUCCUCCCGCCGAGAAACCCCCCGCCACCUUUCCGAUUGAAGGACUAAGUCCUUACCAGAACAAAUGGACCAUCAAGGCCCGUGUGACUUCAAAGUCUGAAAUUAGGUUGUGGUCAAACAAUCGGGGUGAUGGGAAACUCUUUAGUUGCACGUUUAUGGAUGAAACGGGCGAGAUUAGAGCGACAGGGUUCAAUGCCGCAGUCGACGAACAUUAUGAGAAACUUCAGGAAGGAAAGGUGUACUAUGUCUCGCGGGCAAGGGUGAAUAUUGCUAAAAAGAAAUACGGCUCUUCCACAAAUGAGUACGAGAUUACACUCGAAAGAACCUCGGAGAUCAAGGAGUGUAUGGAUACCGCAGACCUCCCGGAAGUCAAGUAUUCCUUUGUUGAGCUAUCGCAGAUGGAAUCACAGCAGAAGGAUGCUCUUGUGGACGUAUUGGGAGUGGUUCACGAAGUUUUCCCUUUAGGCGAGAUUUACUCUAACAAGACGAACAAAUCAGUCGCUAAACGGGAAUUGACGCUCGUUGAUAACUCGGGAUAUAGCAUCCGUAUGACAUUGUGGGGCAAGCAGGCCGAAUCUUUCGACAACCACAGUAACCCUGUCAUUGCUUUCAAGGGUGUCAGGGUGGGCGAUUUUGGCGGAAGAAGCCUGGGUAUGUUCAGCGGCAGCUCCAUGCAAAUUGACCCAGAUAGUCCUCAGGCGCAUCUGUUGCGCGGGUGGUAUGAUUCAGGUGGGAAGGCAGAGACCUUCCAACCACAGACACCUGGCGGUGGAUCUGGUCCUUCUGGGAUGUCCUCUGGCGGCUUCAACCAUAAGGAACUUUACCCCAUUGCCAUCGCGCAGGAGAAGUUCCCUGGAUUGCGUGACACGCCGGAUUACUUCUCCCUUCACGCUACCAUCGUCCUCUUUCGGGAAGAGAACCUCUACUAUACGAGUUGUCCUGGGCCAAAGUGCCAAAAGAAGGUGUUGGAACAGGAUGAUGGGACAUGGAGGUGUGAGAAGUGUGCAAAAUCCUAUGAGAAUUGCGAGUAUCGUUACUUGCUCAGUGUUUCGGUUGCCGACCACACGGGUCAAGUGUUCCUUCAGGGAUUCAACGAAGUUGCCGAGCAGCUUUUGGGGAUAUCGGCGAAGGAUUACCACAAUCUGAUGCACCAAGAUUCAGAUGCCGCAAAAGCUAAACUGACCGAAGCCAAAGGUAAAGUGUGGAAUCUAUCGUGCAGGGUGAAACAAGAAACCUAUAAUGGUGUGACUCGUCCACGAUAUGGUAUUAAUCAGGCUUUUGCUCCCGACUACGCAAAGGAUGGCUUGCACCUGCUUGAGUUGGUGAGAAAAUAUCCUCCCAGCGAGGGCGCUUAAGUUCAGCAGAAGUAGUGGCUGAGAUGAGUGUUACUUCUCCAUUUUCGUUUUUUUUUCGGCUGCUUUCACUUGGUCCCACCAGCCGCUUUGUAUGACGUCGUAUAGUCUGUCUUAGUUACGGGUAUUGACUACUAUCUGAUCUGUCCCUGCCCGACUUCGCCUCGUGAGGCUCGCCGCGCUGGAGCGCGCAGAUGGGGAUUGAUUCGCCGCUUGCUGAGACCAUGGCCUGGUUGUUUUCCCGCGUGAAACCUGCAUGGCUGCGUGUGCUUUUGCUUGGACCCCAUUCACACGACUGUUGAUGUACGCAAAAUAUCCGGAGCACAAUAUUUGAGUCUUACUGUACAAGCUUGUGGCUAUGUAGUGGAAUGAG